AAGAAUUGUCAAAAAUUGUAAAAAGAAAACAUUCAAUUUCAAUAGUUUUAUUCAGUUUUAUUUUAUUGUUAUUACGAUUGUAAUUAUGCAUGGAUUUUGUGUUAUGUAAAAUAUGAAUAAGUGGGAUAUGUUGUUUUGGAUUUUGUAACUACAGGUCCCACAAUAUUGAAGCGACCUUACGUGGUUACUAUUUUUCACGAUGUUUUAAAGGACAAACUCAUCAUUAUAGGAUGGCAGUUAAAAAAUGUUGUAUUGAAAACUGUCAGUCAUGCUCAACAAGAAAGGAAGAUAUCGGGGUAACAUAUCACAAGUACCCCAAAGAUGAAAGAUUGUGUGACACAUGGAUAACAAUUACACGAAACAAACAAUUUAAUAUAACAACACCAUCAUAUGUGUGCUCACGACACUUUUGUAAACGAGAUUUUCAAAUUUACAAGGACUGUAAAUAUGUUUUAAAGUCAGAUGCUGUACCUUCAAUAUUUCCAUGGAAUAAAAAAGCAUCAAACAUGAAUUCAAAUGACAUAACUUCUGAUGCUGUUAGUGCAGGUAAUGCAACACAGCAAAUUGAUUUUGACACAGAAAAUCUGGAAGCUAUAAAGAAAUUUAUAGAGGAUCAAGCGAAGGAGACAGAGAUCCAAAAAUGUGAUGAAAUGGUUGCAGCAUCAGAUAAGAAGAUAGAUAUGGAGGAAAAGGAAAAAUUAAAAGAUGAAUUAACAAGUGAAAUGCAAGAGGAACCAUUAACAGUGGCCACAAGUGUAAUGGACCUUAUAUUAAGCCAAUCAGAGGCGAGGAUGUUAACUAAAAAGGAAGAAAAAUGUUUUGAUAAAGAAUGUCUUAGUCCAGAAGAAAAGGGUAAUAAUAUGGCUUUGUCUGUUGGUUCUAAAGUUGAGGCAAAAGAUUUUGAAGAAUCUUGGCAUCCGGCGGAAAUUAUUGAAGUAGAUUAUGAUGAAAUGGAAGUGUUGGUGCACUAUGAGAAUUCCUCUAAAAAACAUGAUGAAUGGAUAAGUGUUAACAGUCCUAGACUGAGACCUUUUAGUACCUCACCUAUACCUACUACAUCUAAUUCUGAGACUGACAAUGUGGAAGUCCCUAUAAUAAAGGAAGAAGUUAAGCAAGAUGAGAAAUCAAAAUUAAAAUUUGUUAUUGGUGAAAGAUGUUUAGCACGAUGGAGGGAUAAUCGAAGAUUUAUUGCUACGAUUAAUAAAGAUUUGGGCAAUGGCUCUUAUGAAAUUAUCUUUGAUGAUGGAUUCCACUGGAAGUGUACGACAAGCAGGCUUUUUAAAUUGAAAGAAACAGAAAAAAUUGAUCCCUCAUCUGAAGCAUUAUCAUCUUCAUCAAUAUCCUCACCCAUUUCCUUUGAGUCCGGUCCUAGUACGGCGCCUACAGGAUCCUUGCAAACACCAAUUUUCCAUACUCACCUAUUUGAUCCAACCCGUGAUUAUUUAGGUACAAAAAGUGAACGUCGUGAAAAGAAACGAAAGUUGAAUAUAAAAGAAAUAUUUAAUAUCGGCCAGAAGAAGAGGAAAAUGCAAAGAACACCAAAGGAAACUAAUGCGCCAUCACCAAAAGUGAUUAAACAGGAAAAACCUAAGCCAGUACAAAGGAAAAUUAAACUAGAAAAUAAUAUUGACAUGAGAAAUGAUAUACCAGACGCUCUGGCAUCUAUAAUUGGUACAAUCGCCAGUCCAGAGGUUGACAUUAAGCCAAAAAUAGAAGUUGAACCUCCAAAUGUGGAGAUGGAUAAUAAAGAUGAUGCAAUUAAUAUUCCCCAGAAUAUAGAAACUGUUCAAUCUACUUGUGUCUCAGGUGUUAAGGAAGAUACGGAAGUGACAGAACCUAGAAACAGUGUUGAUCCAGUAUUAGAAGAGGAAAUAAAACUUCAAAAUUUCGAAGUAAUAGAUGACAAGAAGCACGAAGAAGUAAUCGAUAGGAUUAAAGAAGCAAUCAUUAAAUUGGAAGAUGGUAUCACUAAAACAGAAAAGGUAGAUUCACCUAAAGUAGAAAUACCCGAAGAAGAAGAUGAAGACGAAAUUAAAGAUGAAAUAGAAGCGAUUCCAGUUGAAUUGACUGAGGAUGGUUUACCAUUACCCGAACAAUCGGAAACUACUGAAAAUGAAAAUGAAAGUAAAAGUAAAACAAAGAAGGCUGUGUCGCAUUUGAAGAGGGAUAAGAAAUUUAGAUUGUUACAGGCGAAAGCAAAGAAGAAGAUGGAGAAGGUGGAAUGUGAAUUAGCAGAGAUGAAGCGGCAGGUGGAAGAGAUGAGGAAGCAGAUAGUGAGGAAGCAGGAGAUGCCGGAGAGUUUCAUGUUGCCCGGGGAGUGGUGCUGCAGGUGGGUCAACGGGCAGCCAGUGGGCUCAGUCAGCGAAAUAGAAAGCGAAAUCAAACAAGAUCCAAACAGCAAACCACCUUUACCGAGACGAAGUGUUCAGGUGGAAGAUAAGCGUUUGCCUGUGGGAUGGACGAAGCAUAUGGUACGACGAAGUUUCGGCAAUUCGGCUGGGAAAUGGGAUGUUGUUUUGGUCAGCCCUGAAAACCGCCGGUUUCAUACUAAAACCGAUAUGCGGACGUAUAUCGAGAAGGAAGCAACGGAAGACCUUAAGCCUUACGAGCACGCGUUACUUGAUUUCGGUAUCCACUUGAAAAAAAAACUUAACCUCAACAGAGUUAAGGGUAUAGUCAAGUCAAAAGACAAGAAAAGAAAGUGGAGUGGAGAUGCCAAGAUACGUCGUAUGCACAAACAACACACUAAAGCUAGUUUACCAGAAACAAGCAAUGAAGAUAUUUUCGAUUCUGCUAAUAAUGAAGAAACGCCUAACGAAAAUGCCACUUUAGAAGAUGGAUACGUUUUUGUCGGAUCUUUAAAGGUCCAAGUCAUAGAAAACUUGUUACGCUGUCCGGCUGAUGGUUGUUUUAAGAACUUCAGAAAUAAUACAUUAUUGAAAAUGCAUAUUAAACAUUAUCACCGAGAGUUAAGGAAACUCCUCGGCGCUACGCCUAAAGUUCUAGACUUAGCUUACGCUAGAACUAGACCUACGAAAUUAAUAAUGACUAAAAUAAAAAGUAAAAGAGAAAACAAGGUGAUUAAAGUAAAAAUCCCUAAACCAGCGAAACGUCCCGAAGUUAAAAUAGACAUGAAAGAAUUAGACGCUGAAUUGAAAGUUGAUAUACCGAUAUCUUCACCACCAGAUUUAGGAAGUGUACCAAAAACACAAGAUUCGCCUAAACUGCGUAACGCUCUCGUGAACAAACCGGUUAAAAGACCAAAAGUCUUACUUCCAGUUAGAAGACUAGAUUCGGAUAGAAAUGAAAACUUUGGAGAACUAGGAUUGGAAGCUCGAGGCGGCACGCCAGUUAGUAUACCGGAUGUGCUUGAUUUUGAAACGUCAAUAUCAACUCAUACAGUGACAAAACCAAUAUUUGAAAUAAUGAAGAAGGAAAAGAAACGACGGGAAUUCGCCUCUUUCCCUAAUAAUCAAAGCGAGGAAGAUGAUUGGCUUUCAAUGAAUUCUGAUGUAGAAACGAGAUCCAGUUUCCCCGGCUCCGGGACUCCGGACUCGAAGGUGAUGGAUACUAAGACGUCAGUGAACGCGGCGCCCUCCUCGGAGUCCAAUGAGGAUCACAAGGAACAAAUGUACACAUACACGGAGACGGGCGAGCGUAUUAAGAUAGUUCAGAUGAAGCGCGAGGAGAUAAUAAACUGCCACUGCGGGUACCGCGAGGAGGACGGCCUCAUGGUGCAGUGCGAGCUGUGCCUCUGCUGGCAGCACGCGCUCUGCCACAACAUACAGAGGGAGUCCGAGGUAACCUCCACCCUUAAACCCCUACUCGUAACAAAUAUCCAUUCAUCUAAAUUUUCCCUGCUGCGCGUGCAGGAUGCGCUGCACGCGCUGCGAGUCAAGUACUACGUCGCCACGAAAAAGGACCAUCCAAAGUUAUACCUAUGGGCGAAAGACUGGGAGAACACAGAAUUAACUAUGACACAAGAGAAAUUGAACUCUGACUACUCAGAUCUCAAUAUAAUGAUCCAUAACAUUGGCAAGGAGAACUUGCCAUUGAAGACGGAUGACGUCAGUGAGAUGGCAAUGGAUGUGACGUCAGAGGAAAGGGAUAUACCUCUCGGCCCUCAGACGUUACUCAGUGGGUUACUCUCCAGUCCCGGAGGCACCUCCUUGGAAUUACCCAUUAGUACUUCGGAGCUGGAGAGAUUGGCUAAAUGUGUACAAGAGCAGAGCGAGGUGCGCGCGCCGCAGCCCGAGGCGGCCAUAGAGAGCGGUGCGUGUCGCGAGCGCCUACUGCGACACAUACAGCGAUGCCAGGCGCUGCUCGACUCCCGUCUUGACUCCAUAGAGGCGCAGGUCGCGGAAUUGGAAUCCCAAGAUCCGUUAUUCGAGGAUGAUGAGACGGCGGAGUAUUUCCCGCGCACGAAGCAGACCAUACAAAUGUUGCUACGGGACCUCGACACUAUGGAGGAACUUGGAGUUAUUACAUAAACUUGUUUUAAUUUCUAUAUUAUAUAGUUUAAGCUUAUAUGUAAAUAGAUGUAUUCAAAUAAACAAUGAUUUGA